AAGGGAGGGUACCAGCUGUCAAAUAGUGCUUUCCACACACUUUCACCAAUUUAUAAAUUAUUUGCAGUUACACUCCAAGUCUACUUUUUCUUUGGCAGCUUAGCCUUCCUAUUUUGGAAACCCUCUUCACUGCUCUCCCACCUUUUUUGUGUGUAUGUGUAUGAGCUUCUCUUCUACUCUAUUCACUGCACUCUUAUUAAUAAAUAUCAGUGCUUGGAAAGCAGAAGAGAAGAUCCAUAGCUAAGAUAGAUCUCGAGAUGGGUCGUGGCAAGAUUGAGAUAAAGUUGAUUGAGAACCCCACCAACAGGCAAGUCACCUACUCCAAGCGAAGGAAUGGUAUCUUCAAGAAAGCUCAUGAACUCAGUGUUCUCUGUGAUGCCAAGGUUUCACUCAUCAUGUUCUCUAAAAACAACAAGAUGCAUGAAUACAUUAGCCCUGGCCUCACGACAAAAAAGAUCAUUGAUCAGUAUCAGAAGACUUUGGGGGAUAUUGAUCUGUGGCAUUCUCACUAUGAGAAAAUGCUUGAAAACUUGAAGAAGCUGAAAGAUAUUAACAAUAAGCUCAGGAGACAGAUCAGGCAUAGGAUAGGUGAGGGCUUGGACAUGGACGACAUGAGCUUCCAGCAACUGCGCACUCUUGAAGAAGAUAUGGUUUCAUCCAUAGGGAAAAUACGCGAACGAAAGUUUCACGUGAUCAAAACUCGGACUGAUACCUGUAGGAAAAAGGUUAAAAGCCUGAAGCAGAUGAAUGGAAAUCUGCUGCUUGAACUUGAAAAGUGUGUGAUCCAUCCACAAUUUCUUUUGCACGAUGAAGGAGACGAGGAAUCAGCAGCAGCAGCAGCAGUUGCACUGGCCAACGGUGCCUCCACCCUGUAUGCAUUCUGUCAUCAGCACCAUUCUCAUCUGAACCUUUUCUCCCACCAUUCUAAUGGAGAAGAGCAACCCUUUAAAACUGAUCAUGACCUUCGCCUUGCUUGAUCCAGUGCAACAAUUAACUAGCAAUAAUGUAAAUUAACUAGCUAGCCAGCACUAAGCACUUGUUAUUUAUGCUUUAAUUUGUAUUAAUUGGACCUGUUAAACCCAACUUUGCUUGCAACCUCUCUAGUUUCUAUCCAGGUAGAGAAUUAGCUAAGCUUAUAUAGUGUUUGGCAAGAGCGUGCUAUGAAAAACAGAAAGACUGUACUUUAUUUGUUAGUAUAAGUUUACAUUGAGUGAUUAUGUUAUGUUAAUUGCUU